AUGUCACAUAACCCUGAUCCAGAAUCCAAUGUCCGUAAACUACGUACUCGCUCAUCUGCUCUCAGAUCUCAAACCCACGACCAACCCCACGACCAAGCUCAGGAGACCAGUACUGUCAACAGCGAACAAAGUGCAAAAAAAACUUCGAGAAAACGAAAGCCCAGUUCUUCUAGUGUUCAAGAUUUUUUGCGCGGUUCAGAACAGCUGGAUAGACCAAAAGAACCACGUUCGAUUAAAUUACGAUUGGGCGACAAGGUCAAUCGUGAUGAGUUAUUAGGCCUUCUUGAUCAGCAGGUAACAACAAAAAGAACUCGCCUGCCGAACAGAACCUUACCAAAACGUCCAAAACGGGAAACGAAGAAGAAGAUUCACAAUGAAGCGACCAAUUCCAAACAAGCAGGACUCAAGAAAUUCGACACAUCCUCGGGUGUUGACGCUGACGGGUUCAGCCGCUAUAGGAAUGAGGAACUCGUGGCUAUGCUUAGAGACGUUGGGCUUGAUAUGGCAGGGAAAGACCGAGAAAUCCUGAUUCAGAACUGCAAAUAUUAUGAAGAUCUGCUCUUACCACCUUCAGCUUUGCCCAAUACACAUGCUAUCAUAGCAGAGUCUACCCAUAACGAGAUCGCUGUUUCGCCUGGAUAUCAAUUCAAUUUAGAGUCCACCCAUGAUGACAUCGAUUCUUCGCCUGGAUAUCAAUUUGAUUUCCAUGUCAGUAAACCCAAGGCGAACCCAAUAAUAGCAUCGACAUCAACUCUUCCAAGCAUCAAGCGUGGGACGUUGAGAUUUCCCCGGCCUCCUCCAACACAGCUGUUUCCACAAGAAUCAUCACUAAACAGAAAAGGGAAGGGAAAGCAAAAGUUAGUUGAAGAAUCAGAGAGCGAUUGGAUUCCCGAAAACGAAAACGGGAAAGACAUUGAGACUGAAGACAAAAACAUGGACAGAUCAAAUUCAAACGAACUGCCUAAUUCUCCAGAACCGAUGGAUAAGUCGUCUGAAAACAAGACCAAUAAAUCAAAGUCGACAUCAGCUUUUCAACCUACUUCAAUCUUGGAAGAAGAGGUCGGAGAAGAUUCUGAAGUUGAAAGUGUUCGGUUCGACAAGCAAUCCUCCAAUAUUGAUCCCCAGGCCGACCUUUAUUUGAAGUUAAAAAGGACUGUUGAACAGAAUACACAAAAUAUCAUUAAAUUGACUGAUUUGUUAUCGAAAGCAAAUGUUAGAAUUGAAGAUCUUACCGAGGAAUUGAACACGCUGGCCGAUGUUCUCAAAAGACAGGUUUGUGAUGGCACAAAAAAUCGAUCUAAAGAUAGCAAAAUUCGAGGUGGUAGAACUUCUGCUCGAAUCCGGUUUCAUGUUGAAACUCUUUUUGGCCAAAAACUUGAUGUUAUCCCACCUCCAGCCACCUCUUCGGAAAAGGAAGCCUGGGAUUACGAGCGGGACAUUGGUUCAAUAGAAAUUGAUCCAACCUUUCAUAGCGAUGACAAUGAGGACGGACCUGGACACCCGGAUGCGUCAUCUCAACAGCUAUCUAUCAUGCGCCAGAUGCUGAAAGCUGCUGGAAUAUCAAGUUUUCGUCCUGACCUGGGACAAGCACCAACAUCAUCUGAGAAUCGGUGGUUAUGGGAUAUUGCAUUCAAGAUUUUUCUGAAACUGGUUGAGGUGGGCGAGUACACCGGAAUCUUACUCGAUGCGGACAAUCGUGACUACAUCAAAAAUCUUUGA